AGUAUCUUGGAGGGCCUUUAGGUGAGGUUACUGGGGGUAUGGUUGUGUUGGUUGACAUGGAUGUGUUCUCAGACUGGAGAAGAGGGAAUUUAGGAGUAGUUCAAGAGCUUUGGAGUUUUUAUAGAGAUUCAACUUCAUGUUUUAUGCCUGUUGUUGAGUGACAUGAUUCAAAAGAUUUGACAAGUGCUAAGAAGAUGGUGGUGGAGAGCAAUUUUAUUAAAAGGAUAUAUUCUUUAGAUGUCAACUUUGAUUGAUACAAGAUUCGUCAAUUUGAUACUUACGAAGCAAGGUUGAUGAUGAUAAGCCCUUUCGUUGUACAUGAAAUUAAGAUUCGUAAAAUGAGCAUCUCCAGCAAAAGUUUGAAAAAAAUCUUUAAAACCGGUUGGGUUGUUGAAGGAAUAUGAUUUGAUGAAUGUGUGCUCGAUCUCAAAAGCCUAAAUUUUGACAUCUCUCCAGCUUACAAGAUCAAAGAGCUAUCAUUUGAGUCACCAAAAUUAGUGGAAAAUUACUGAGAGAUGAUUCCAAUUGAAGGAUUAGGAAGAUUAAUUGAAGCCAUCUCAGCCACUUCUUUGAAAGAUUCUCUAAGAAAAAUUCACAUGGGUGGGUGUGAAAUAGACUUCUCCACCAUGAGGGAAUUAACAAUUCAAUAUGGAUUAGAUCAAGUAUUGUGUUCUUGGUCUUGAUAA